CUCAGUUCCCUCUCGCUCGUCUCUCAAGCGCUCCUAUUUUUCUCUGAAUUUUUUGUCCGAUUUUAUUGAGAAGAACUCGAGGCGGGGGGCUUUCCGCCGCCUGCCCCCCUGCCUCCCGCUCGGCCAGAAGCACCUUUUUACGAGGUAAAGUGGAAUUGCAUGGGAAAAUCAUGGAAGUUGAUUACUCAGUCUCUAAAAAGCUCAGGAGCAGAAAAAUUCAGAUUCGAAACAUCCCUCCUCACCUGCAGUGGGAGGUGUUGGAUGGACUUUUGGCUCAGUAUGGGACAGUGGAGAAUGUUGAACAAGUCAACACAGACACAGAAACUGCCGUUGUCAACGUCACAUAUGCAACAAGAGAAGAAGCAAAAACAGCCAUCGAGAAGCUAAGCGGGCAUCAGUUUGAGAACUACUCCUUCAAGAUUUCCUACAUCCCGGAUGAAGAGGUGAGCUCCCCUUCGCCCCCUCAUCGAGCCCAGCGUGGGGACCACUCUUCCAGGGAGCAAGGCCACGCCCCUGGGGGCUCUUCUCAGGCCAGACAGAUUGAUUUCCCGCUUCGGAUCCUGGUCCCCACCCAGUUUGUUGGUGCCAUCAUCGGAAAGGAGGGCUUGACCAUAAAGAACAUCACUAAGCAGACCCAGUCCCGGGUAGACAUCCAUAGGAAGGAAAACUCUGGGUCCGCGGAGAAGCCCGUCACCAUCCACGCCACCCCGGAGGGGACCUCUGAAGCGUGCCGCAUGAUUCUUGAAAUCAUGCAUAAAGAGGCUGACGAGACCAAGCUAACUGAAGAGAUUCCUCUGAAAAUCUUGGCCCACAAUGGCUUGGUUGGAAGACUUAUUGGAAAAGAAGGCAGAAAUUUGAAGAAAAUUGAACAUGAGACUGGGACCAAGAUAACAAUCUCAUCCUUGCAGGAUUUGAGCAUAUACAACCCUGAAAGAACCAUCACUGUGAAGGGCACAGUCGAGGCCUGUGCCAAUGCUGAGAUGGAGAUAAUGAAGAAGCUACGUGAGGCCUUUGAAAAUGACAUGCUGGCUGUUAAUCAACAAGCGAAUCUGAUCCCAGGGUUGAACCUCAGCGCACUUGGCAUCUUUUCAACAGGACUGUCCGUGCUGCCUCCACCAGCAGGACCCCGAGGAGCUCCCCCCGCUCCCCCCUACCACCCUUUCACUGAGGAAGACUGUAUAUACUGCCUACAGAAGACCCACUCGGGAUACUUCUCCAGCUUGUACCCGCCUCACCAGUUCAGCCCGUUCCCGCAUCAUCACUCUUACCCGGAGCAGGAGAUUGUGAAUCUCUUCAUCCCAACCCAGGCGGUGGGGGCCAUCAUCGGGAAGAAGGGGGCGCACAUCAAACAGCUGGCUCGAUUCGCCGGGGCCUCCAUCAAGAUUGCCCCAGCGGAAGGCCCAGACGUCAGCGAAAGGAUGGUCAUCAUCACCGGACCGCCUGAAGCCCAGUUCAAGGCUCAGGGGCGGAUCUUUGGGAAACUGAAAGAAGAAAACUUCUUUAACCCCAAAGAGGAGGUGAAGCUGGAAGCCCACAUCAGAGUGCCCUCUUCCACAGCUGGCCGGGUGAUCGGCAAGGGUGGCAAAACCGUGAAUGAACUGCAGAACUUAACCAGCGCAGAAGUCAUCGUGCCUCGUGACCAAACGCCAGAUGAAAAUGAGGAAGUGAUUGUCAGGAUUAUUGGGCAUUUCUUUGCUAGCCAGACUGCUCAGCGCAAGAUCAGGGAAAUUGUACAACAGGUGAAGCAGCAGGAGCAGAAAUAUCCUCAGGGAGUCGCCUCACAGCGCAGCAAGUGAGGCUCCCACAGGCACCAGCAAAACAACGGAUGAAUGUAGCCCUUCCAACACCUGACAGAAUGAGACCAAACACAGCCAGCCGGAUCGGGAGCAAACCAAAGACCAUCCUGAGAAAUGAGAAGUCUGCGGAGGUGCCAGGGACUCUGCAGAGGCCCAGAGAAUCCUAGGGGCCGGGAGGGAGGCAGGAGGCCGGCGGUCAGCGCCCAGCUCCUGCCUCCCCAGGGCCUCUGCAGGCUGCCCAGCCACCCACUUCACCAUCCACUCGGCUCUCUCCCUAACUCCCACCACGCUAUCCCUUUUAGUUGAACUAACAUAGGUGAAUGUGUUCAAGGCAAAGCAAAAUUCACACCCUGUUCUUUUUGUGGGAAAUUUUCUCUGUACAUGUGUGUACAUAUUAGAAGGGGAAAGAUGUUAAGAUAUGUGGCCUGUGGGUUACACAGGGUGCCUGCAGCGUUAAUAUAUUUUAGAAAUAAUAUAUCAAGUAACUCAACUAACUCUCCAAUUUUUAAUCAAGUAUUAAUUUUUUUUUUCUUUUUAAAGAGAAAGCAGGCUUUUCUAGACUUUAAAGAGUAAAGUCAUAUUCUUUGGGAGGUCUCAUGGUUUAGUAAGGAGCUUCAAGGCCACCCACACAAAAUUCACCCAGUGGGAAAUCUCGUCAGAAGGACACUCGGCAGUUCUGGAUCACCUGUGUAUGUCAACAGAAGGGAUACCGUCUGUGAAGAGGAGACUGUCUCUUCACCCCCGUCCAGCUCACACACCCAUUUCUCUUUGCUUCACAGGUUUUGAACUGGUUUUUGCAUACCGCUCUGUAAUUCUGUCUCUCUCUGUUUCUCUCUGCCCUCC